CAUGCCAAGUUCACUUGAGCAUGCCAAAAACAAAGCUUGUCCCACGUGAUAGCCGUAUCCGAAUGUUUUAUCUGUUAUCUUUUAGUCACUGCCGAGUGUUAUUGUUUCUGAGCUAACAAAUUUAAGAUUCUCUCACGUCGACGGUCGACCGUUCCGGCCCGAGACCCGAACAAUAGGCUGUAAUCAACAAUUUUUUUUACAUUACUCAAUAUUAUCUAGUAGUCCAUAACGUACGGUGUUUGACAAACUUAGAACUGAUUCGGGUGUUUACAUCAUUAGCCCGAACGAGAAGCAAACAAACGCGGGGCAGAUGGUGUGUGCAGCGAGUGUUUUUUUUUCAACUGCGGAUCUUCAUUUUCUUCUUGAUUACUCUGUUAAUUACACGUUUAGGCAGGAGUGAGAAAAUGUAAACUGUUCUGUGUAUCUCAUUCGCACCGGAGCAACUGGCGUACGAACGGCGGCUGCUGUAUGCCUCUGGCGAUGCCAGUCGGUGUAAGAUGCCCUCCACUCCAUCAGUCAGUCAGUCAGCAAUAGUAACUUCGAAACUGCAGCAGUAACCAAAGUAAGUUUAUUUUCAACACUGAAAAGUUUGUGUCAGGUUUGUUGAUUAGAGUUGGUUUUACGGCCAGUGCUUAUUUACUUAUACUCCAAUACCAAGUUACAAGCGAGAAAGUAGUCCCAGAGUGGUAUGCCAACAACAGUACGAAGAAUAAUAGUGCAUUGAGUGAGAGUUCUGAAAAUUAACACAAGUAGCUAUAUAAAGCAGUGAUAAUUAGCCAAAUUUUGCGACGAAAUCAACAAUAUGUAGUAGUCGACAGUCUGUGAUAGCUCUUUGAGCGGCUUCAAGUAGGCCGAGCGCACGGGGGAGCUCGAGCUGUCAGUUUCGCUGUCGGUUUUCGUGUUCGUACAUCUUCUUUUGAUAUGGCGCGUUUACUGGAAGAAGCGUGAACUGUUUAGUUAUUAUUUUGAUACGAGGAAGUGUACAUUGCUGAUGGUCAACAGACAAGGUAUUCCCGAUAGAAAUUGUGACAUAAAAUGAGGUAGAUUGACAUCAUGAACAGCGGCAAAGUGCUCAUAGAUUUGGCUGAGUUCAGCGAAAAGCUGCAACAAUACCGUCAGAUACUAGAGCGUCUGAGGGAUGAGCAAGAAUCCUACAGUAGGAUACGGGAACGGUUAAGCAAACUCAGCCAAAGACGUUGUUCGGAGAUUAAAAAACCAACGGUUACAUCCUGCAUGUGUAACGCCGGAAUAAAAAUCGAGGAUAGCAACAGCUUCGCAACAUGUCGUGGUUGCGAGAGACUUGUCUGCCGGAACGAGGAAAAACGUUGCUGCGAAUGGAUAUCGGCGAUUGGAAUCUGGGAAUGCAGCGGCUGCCGAUCGAGUAGGGUUAUUCAACAGAAGGCGGGUGAAUGGCUGCUGAAUCAACUUACCCGUCGAUUGCAGAAUCCCGGACCGAUAAAUCUCACCAAUGAAAAGCUUCUCGGUCUGUGUGCAGCUGAUUCAGAUGACGGUCAAAGUUCCACAUCCUCGAUUUCGUCAAACCAAAAAGUCAAGGUGCGGGAGUUCAUCGAAGAAUUACUGUCUACGAUGUUAAACGGCCCGCUGGACGACGUUUCUGUUGGGCAGCUAAUGAAAAAUGAAAGCUAUGUACGGGUGUUCCACCGGUAUCACUCACAGUUAAGCAGGUGCCUUUCUAAUCUCGAGCUCUCGAUUCAUCAGUCACUGUCCGAUCUGCCAAUAUGCGAAAACCAAAAGUAUCCCGACAGCCCCAGCGAUCAGCACUUCCAGCUGCGGAAGCUGCUGCAGCGCAUCCUGGACGAGGUUGCCAAGCUGCCGGAACUGUUGAACCAAAGCGGACAUCCACUGCGGCCGGAAGAACACUUGCCGUACUUUAGUCCCAAGAAGUACGAACAACUGCUGGCGACGGCCGUGCUGAACAAGGUGGUAGAGGACUAUCGCAAUCCGAAAAACUUUGAGCACGAGCAAAAGAAACCGGAAGCGAAAGAGGCGGAUCCAGCUGCAGCCGCCGGAACCACCUUCGACAUCAACCAUAACAAGGUGCCUGGAAAAAGUCUGCUAAACAAAGACAAUCUCAGGCAGAUGUCAUUGAAUACCAACGCAAAGGAAGCCCACUCUAGCAGCUCACUGUCGGAAUCGGAUGAAUCCUACCUAAGUGAUUACAUUCAGAAGCACACCGUUCCGUUGCCCGAUUUAUCGGAUACAACCGGAUCCGGCCCGGAGGACGAUCUAAUAUCGCUGAAAUCGAACGCCACCGACGGUACCUGGGAGGAAAAUUGGUUGUUCAAGAAGCGUAAACUAAAAACGACGGAAUCCGCCAUAGCAAUGCUCGUGCCAUCGCCGACCGAAGAAGUGAAAGCCCUGAUCGGCGACAAAAAUGCCGACGAGGUGAGCGAUCUGUCCGAGGCCGGUUCCGAUCUGGAGGAUUACGAUUCCGAAAGCAACAGCAAAGAUUUGAACUUGUCGUCGAAAAGUUCGGCACCAAACACAGCAGGAACUACUAAUACUACUACUACUACCAAUGAGGACGCCGUGCAGGACAGUCUAGUCUCGAUCAAUUCGAUCCCGUCCUGCGAGCCGAUUCUCUCGGAGGCUAAAAACAGUCUGCUGUUAUCGGAACAAGCUCAAGAACAACUAGCAGCGGACAGUAGCUUUGUGCACGAUCUAAUAAGUAUGGAACCGUUCGUCGGGCACACGGAAACGGCCAAUUCACGGCUGUUAGGUGAGGCCGAGUUUGUGAAUAAUAACAACAACAAUGUUAUGGAAGCAGCGAAAGUCGAAACGGAUGACGUAAAACUGCUGCAGGAACGUAUUCAGAAUGCCCCGAAACAGUGUGAUAGUGAGGGGAACGUCCUUUAUCCAGUUGGAGUUGCUCGAACAAUCACCAGCGGUGACCACACCGAAACCGCUGAAUGCGACCGAAAAGAAAUCCCAAUAGAUCGAGCACCAGCCCCUGAGCUAAACAAUGGACACGAUUCCAACAGCCACGAACCCAUCGACGACGGUCGCAACGAUGAAGGUUUAAUACCCGGGUCAAUUGCAGAGCGAGAACAUCUAAAAUGGCAAAACGCUUCACCGAUUGCCAACAAUCCGUACUCACCGGACAUCCUGCAGAAGAGGCUGUCCGAUUCACAUCAACGUUCUAGCUUCGCCGACUUCGAUCGACUGGCAGGCAAAGAUCUUUCAGCUGUCACUUUAGACAGCCAACCUGCUGCUGAUGCUGCACUUGAAAUCGAAGAGUCCGAAGAGAGCAAAGCAAGCUGUGCGGAAACAAAUCGCUCGUUGCAAUCCGUGGUUGGUGGCAAUCCAACUCCAUACACUAGGUACGGUCGAGAUUACUACAUAAACGAUGCCAAACGUGCCUCCGGAUCGCGCAAACAUUCGACGAAUGUGCCACCGCCUCCGGCGCAGGCGCCAGCGCCAACUCACAGCACCGACGAUGAGAAAUCUCUUUUCCUCUCGCAAACACAGGAUCAACGAGUAAGUGACCGAAUUGCAUCCGGGUCUGGUGUGACUUCCAGCGACUUCACUCCCCUCGGUAGCUACGAACAAGUGACACCUGUCAAACGGAUCGAGGACAUUUUCCUCACUGAUGAUGUGCUGGAGGACACUCUUUCGAAGAAAGGUCAAAACGCUGCAGCUGCAGAGGAACCCAUCACCCCUCAGUCGCUGGAAUCCUUCUCGGAGAUAAGUACGAACUCGCGAGCUGACGAGAGUCUUACCUACAGUGAAGAUUCGGACAUCACUCGAAUCUACGAGAUUGGCACCGGAGAAACGAAACUAAUUCCCGGUCACACGAAGACGUCUGCUGCUAGCAGCAAUGGCCAACAGGUGGUGGUCGACAAUGAGGUGGUCUCCGAGGAAAUUCUUGAGAUUAUUCCACAAAUCAGUGGUCACCUUCAGACUGAGGGCAUUGAAACCGUGCGGGAUCAACGUUCUCCGAGCCCUUCCAUCGAUCGGAGUCACCUCAUUAAACCACGCUACGUGAAAAUGAAACAACUUUCGCCGGAAACCAUCCGGUUUUUCUCACCGAAGAAAGCAUUCACACCCGGCGGUAGCAAUCUAACGAGUACCUCUCCUCUGUCCAAAUCAGUAACGGAUUUCAGUGACCUAUCCAAUCAGCAUUCCAACCAAUACCACUCCACGCUGCACAUUGAUUUUCCGGCCUCGCGCAGCAUGGCAUCCCACGAGUUUACCAUCGAGAAGGAGGUGAUGGAAGUUCUGCCCUCGGUUAAGGAACUUGCCAAGUGCUACAUCAAACCAGCAGUUUCAGAGGUACCAAAACCAAUCCUAAGGCCACGGGAUUUCAUUCGUCAAUCAUCGUCGGCAAUUAACGAGGAAAGUCAGUCGGAAUCGCCGCAAAACGGUGUGGACAACAGCCGACGCAUGUAUCAAAGCACCGGCAGUAUCAAUGCGGCCGAAGAGAUCCGCGAAAUUCGUCGACUAAACAUAGAAGUCUACAAUCAACCAAAUUUCAUCCCGAUGGCUCCGGGGCACAGCAUCACUGCUCGCAGUUUGUCCAAGCAGAUUCGAGAGGAGUUGAAAACAAAUGCUACUGAUGAUCACAAGGUGCACGGUGGCCACGCCAGCCCCGAACGACCCAGCAGUCCCGUUUUCGAACCUGGCCAUCUCCGUAGCAGUAUUCAGUUUUUUGAAAAUCUGAAAAACAAAUAGGUCACCACUCGUUGGAGAACAGCAACUAACUUCCGAAGUGCCAUUAUUAUUCCUUAUGAAAUGAUACCAAAUUUUACAGUUGUAAGAGGGUCCAGUCCGGUCCUAGGCGGCAGUAGCAAGCAAGUAUUUAUUUUUCAAUUCCAUUUUCACACCCCAAACAUCCCCGAAGGGGAGUUUGAACGUACCUACAAUCUGAGCUGUUAGGAGGUUAAGCCGCUUGCAAAGCAGUGUUUUCUAAUUUUUGUUUUGGUCAUAUUUCGUGCUUUUGUUCUUGAAGCAACACCAAAAAAAACUUUCUUUUCGUGAAGAAAAACAAAACACAAACGAUAAUUUACAUCCGAAACUCUAGUAACAAAAAACACUUAACCACGAUUCCUACUUAAUCGUAACAUAAAACAGGC